GGGCCUCCCUUGCAGGGGCCUCCCGCGUAACCGAGCGGGCUGCUGGGCCGACGCCGCGUGCUCCCUCCUCAGGCACCAAACCGGGAGGGGCCCGUGGCGGCCGCCCGCGGCCACCGUCCCGCCGGAGACCACCAUCUCGAGUUCUGGCACGAGCGGUCAGCGCGGCGAGGAGCGCAGCGGCAGAGCGGGCGGCUGCCCGCACUCAAGAUGGCGGCUCCGGGCAGGCGGGGCUAGUGGCCCGGAGGCGCGGAGGAGCUGCGGGCCAUGGCGGCAGCCGAGGAGCGGAGUCCUGAGCACAGAGAAGAGGAAGAAGAAGAGGAGCAGUUGGUUCUGGUGGAAUUGUCAGGAAUUAUUGAUUCAGACUUUCUCUCAAAAUGUGAAAAUAAAUGCAAGGUUUUGGGAAUUGACACUGAGAGGCCCAUUCUGCAAGUGGACAGCUAUGUCUUUGCUGGGGAGUAUGAAGAUACUCUUGGGACUUGUGUUAUAUUUGAAGAAAAUGUUGAACAUGUGGAUGCAGAAGGCAAUAAUAAAACAGUACUAAAAUAUAAAUGCCAUACAAUGAAGAAGCUCAGCAUGACAAGAACUCUUCUGACGGAAAAGAAGGAAGGAGAAGAAAACAUAGGUGGGGUGGAAUGGCUGCAAAUCAAGGAUAAUGACUUCUCCUAUAGACCCAACAUGAUCUGUAGCUUUCUACAUGAAAAUGAAGAAGAAGAAGUGGUAGCUCCAGCCCCAGAUAAACCUUUGCAGUUGGAAGAGCAAGACAUUCACAUGAAAGACAAUUCAAACCUGAGUUAUGAACAGGAGAAGCCACUGCACUUGGAAAUAGAGGAUUCUGGUCCUCUUAUUGAAAUCCCUUCUGAGACAGAAGGUUCUGUUUUUAUGGAAACUCAAGAUAUUGCCUUAGAAGUCACUCCUAGAUGAAAUGUUUCUCAUAAUAACUAGUCAUGAACUUUGUAGAGUUUUUAUAUAAAAUAAUCGGCUGUGUAGCUUUCA